GCGGUGGUGGCGGGGCGGGACCGGGGGCGGCCCCGGGCAGGUCCCCCUGGAGCGGCGGCGGGAGCGGCGGAGCGGAGAUGCCGUACCUGCUCAUUAGCACCCAAAUCCGCCUGGAGGCUGGGCCCACCAUGGUGGGCGACGAGCACUCGGAUCCCCACCUGAUGAGUAUCCUGGGGGCCACAAAGAGGAGCACACUGGGGAACAACUUCUGUGAGUACUACGUGAACGACGCUCCGCGCGUGGUCCUGGACAAGCUGGAGAGCCUCGGCUACCGCGUGGUCAGCAUGACCGGUGUGGGCCAGACCCUGGUCUGGUGCCUCCACAGGGAAUAGCCAGGGAGAAUCCUGCCUUCCACCCGGACCACAUCCUGCUGGAGAUCAUCUUAUAGGACUGGCAGCAAACCUUCCCCCCUUAAUUCCUCCCUGUCCCAGACUCCAGGAGGAACGGCGCAGAGGCAGAGCUGGACCCAGUGGAAUUUUGCCAUCCCUGUUCCGUUUCCCAAGAGCAGGGGGAGGAAGGUAUGCCCAGAAUCUGGCAGAGGGAACAGAUGGCUCCAGCUCUGCCUUCAGUGGGAUGGCAGUCUGGCAAAUUCCAGCUUUUUACAUUUUAAUCAUGUAUUCAGCAUGCCCUGGAGGAAGCUCAGUAACAGCCCUGUUUAGCUCUGUGCCUUCUCCUGGGCCAGGGGGUUAGGGAGGGACAGCAAGCAUGGACACCAUCCCAUCUCAUCCCUGAAAUCCAAGAGGGAACCACUAAACCUACUCCCAGGGCUCUGAGAAUCCCCUCCCUUGGCAGCAAGGCCUGCUUCUAUCUCAGCAGCACCACCAACUUCCAGAUCCCAGACUGCCAUCCAAACCUAACAUGGUAUUCCCAAAAAAUAACACAGAAAGUGGUGUUGUAUGACUAUUCCAGGUGCAGGCUCUAAUCCCAACACUGCUGGAAUGUUUGGGACUGUGAACGGAUCCUGCUAUGGGGGUAACACCAAUAAAACAUC